AUGGGCAUCACGACCAAGGUGAUCUUUGCGGGGUGCCUGGCCCUCAUGUUCGGAGUGCCCGUUGAUGGCCUUCGAGAGUCCGUUGACCAGCAUGUGGCGGAAGAAGAAGCUCGUGGCGACGAAUGCUGCUGCCUUGCUUUCAUGGAAUCCCUUGAGACCGAGCCAGAAAAUGCAACCUUAAGCCAAGAGUCGGAGUGUGCAGAGUACAAGUUGCUGAGACCAGACCGUCCGUUCUGGUUCCAUAAGCAUCACGCCAGUUACAAGGCUCGAUGUUGCUGGACGUCCCGUUGGAUUUGCAAUGACUUCCAGGAGCCCCACAAUCGCAAGCCCUUCUCGGUCGACCAAUACUUCCACUACCGCUGGUGCCCAAAAGACUCCCCGAAGGGUACUAUUGGUACUGUGUUGGACUGA